AUGGCCAUAAUUGGCGUAUCGUUUGCCCAAUACUUCAUUCCCGGACAGACUGUAUAUACAGGAGUGGGAGAGAUAGGACUCGACGGUCACAGCAAGAUCUCAUACCACGGCUAUAACAACCCGGCGAACAAUCCUUACGGUUACGCAUCCAAUGGCUUCAACUAUGGCUACAAUUACUUCAGACAGUCCGAGUGCUUGAAGGGCUCCACCGACGCCUGUCAGCAGAUUGUCGACGAGAGGGACCCCGAGUUCGCCGCCAUUAGCCGCCCGUCCUUUUCGGUUGCAUUCUUUGGUCACAACUGA